GGCCAGAAGGUGUGAAACACUUUGAUUUGGGAGAAACAGAUGAGAAAAAAUCCCAAAUCAGUGCAGACAGUGGCCUCAGUUUGGCUUCAGGUUCUCAGAAGAGUGAGUUUGACCCUGUUCCCAGUGGAGGGCCAGCAGUUAUGGUCCGAAGUACAAGCCAGGAUUCUGAAGUUAGCACAGUGGUUAGUAACAGUUCUGGAGAGACAUUAGGAGCAGACAGUGACCUGAGCAGCAAUGCUGGUGAUGGCCCAAGUUUGGAAAAUGGUGGCAACUUGGCAGGAUCCAGAGGCACGGUGUCAGACAGUGAAAUUGAGACAAACUCUGCUACUAACUCUAUCUUUGCAAAGUCUCACAACCUGAAGCAGGGUGUGAAGGAUAGCAAAGGCAGUACUCCAGGGAAGGGUCCAGAGGUUGGGAGCCAACGUGUCUAUCUCUACGAAGGACUUUUGGGUAGGGAUAAAGGAUCUGUCUGGGACCAGUUAGAGGAUGCUGCAAUGGAAACCUUCUCUAUGAGCAAAGAGCGUUCAACUUUGUGGGACCAGAUGCAGUUCUGGGAAGAUGCUUUUUUGGAUGCUGUGAUGUUAGAGAGAGAAGGAAUGGGGAUGGACCAGGGACCUCAGGAGAUGAUAGACAGGUACCUUUCCCUGGGAGAACACGAUCGAAAGCGUUUGGAGGACGAUGAGGACCGCUUGCUGGCUACACUGCUGCAUAACAUGAUUGCUUAUAUGCUGAUGAUAAAGGUGAACAAGAAUGAUAUCAGGAAAAAGGUGCGUCGUCUAAUGGGGAAAUCACAUAUUGGAUUGGUGCACAGCCAGCAAAUAAAUGAUGUUCUAGACAAACUUGCCAACCUGAGUGGCCGGGAACUCCCCGUGAGACCCAGCGGCAGCCGCCACAUCAAGAAGCAAACUUUUGUAGUGCAUGCUGGGACAGACACAACAGGAGACAUAUUCUUCAUGGAGGUCUGUGACGACUGCAUCGUGCUGAGAAGCAACAUUGGGACCGUGUACGAACGUUGGUGGUAUGAGAAGCUCAUCAACAUGACUUACUGCCCCAAAACUAAAGUGCUGUGCCUCUGGAGGAGGAAUGGGCAGGAGACACAGCUGAACAAGUUCUACACAAAGAAGUGUCGGGAAUUGUACUACUGUGUAAAAGACAGCAUGGAAAGAGCAGCAGCAAGACAGCAGAGCAUUAAACCAGGCCCUGAGUUGGGUGGUGAGUUCCCAGUGCAAGAUAUGAAAACUGGUGAAGGAGGUCUUCUUCAGGUCACACUGGAAGGAAUUAACCUGAAAUUUAUGCACAGUCAGGUUUUCAUAGAGCUGAAUCACAUUAAAAAGUGCAAUACUGUGCGAGGAGUCUUUGUCCUGGAGGAAUUUGUUCCUGAAACUAAAGAAGUGGUGAGCCACAAGUACAAGACGCCAAUGGCUCAUGAGAUCUGCUACUCCGUGCUGUGCCUCUUCUCUUACGUGGCUGCCAUUCGUGGGAAAGAGGCAGAAAACAAAAGCAAACCUCCUCGACCAGUUUCCAGUUGAUCACAAAAUUGGGAGAGACCAACCAACCCUCUGGCACGUUGACAUGCAGUACUCCCCAUUUUUUACUGCAGUUACUGGAGCUCACUUCACUGUCUUCU